UAUCAGCUUUCAGGCCAUUCUACCUAAUUCAGCCACCACAGUCAUCUGGGGCACAACUGAGUUAGCACAACAUGGGGACGUCUGCUUUGCAUCCUCCAGCCACACCGAUAGCCGUUAGUCUUACACUGAGGAGGAACGGAAGAGAAUUUGGUCUUUUUUGCCACAGCGGGAUAUCUCCAUACCAAAGCAUGAGAUGUGUUCUUGACAAAAGGAUGAGAAGUCUGUUCACUGACGGCUGAGGCCUUGUGACUUACGCAGUCACGCUUUCACACAGUAAAUGGAAUUAUUGGAGGCUUUUUUUCAUAUUUUUGCUUCUUUCUAAACAUCAGAUGUGGACAAAAUUACUUCCAUUCCAGCCCUGCUGACAGAGGAAGACAUGAGGGAGUCAAAUUUAUUCUAUCAUCACCAUGUCAGGACUGGCUUUUUGUCCCAGAAGAAGUGACAAGGAAAAUAAACCUAUCUACGGGAGUCAAAAUAAGGACACAGAUUGUUUGCAGGAGUUCUCCGAAUGUGCUGCUUGUAAAAGAAAUGAUAAUGUUACCCUGAUCCUGCCAUGCUCUCAUGCCAUGUGCAUGCACUGUAUAUCUGCCGAAAAGGCAAAGAGGUCUGCUCGGUCCCCCCGGCAUCAUCUGAGCUGCUCUGUGUUGUGUCCACUGUGUCGGUAUGAUGUGGAGCUGCCCUGCAAGACGUGGGCAUCUGCUUUGUCCUGUCUCCCAAAAUAUCCCACUCUUAAGUCUGCACGCGGCAGCCAGGAGACUGACAGACAACCACCAGAACAUAUGCAAGGGGAAAUCUACUCCGUGGUUGCAGAUGACGAAACAGCACAAUGUUCCAGCGCUUGCAGUUUCGCUACACCACCAGUUGAGAGCAAUGUCGAUCUACGGGAGGAGGACAUGGAACGGUCUGUUUUUGGUAUACGUUUUGCUUUGGACCCAUUAACGGCUCCCACUUCCCUCCAUUUGUCCAACUCCUCCCUCAUUGUCGCUUACCGAGAAGAGAUCCCUCCUGGUCCACGUCCAGACAACAAUGUCAGGAGGUCGAUGAUGACCUCUGACCCAGGAGUUACACAUGACAUCCCUCAGGUUUGCGCUGAUGUCAUCAUUGCACAGGGGCAGUAUUACUGGGAGGUGGAUGUCUACAACAGCUCCAUCUACAGAAUCGGUGUGAGCUCCCUGGACAGUUCUGAAGGCUGGUGGCUGGAAAGACAUGGUUUGUCCUUUUGUACCGAUUAUGAUGGAUGCAAGGAGCCACUCUUCACUGUGCCUCCUCAGAUCAAAACCCUCGGACUCUUCCUUAACUUUGGAGGCGGGGCUCUUAGCUUCUACAACCCUGUGACCCAGGAGCACCUGGUCACUCUGCCUACCUGUUUCAAUGCCUCAGGAGUGCUUCCUACUCUGGGCCUUGGCCAGGGUUUGCUUCGAAUGCGUUGCGGCCUCCCACCUCCUCACUAUGUGUUCCUCAGUAAAAACUCAGCCUACAGAGGCCCUCAUGGAGCCAGUAGAGGACAGUGGUACAGGGAUAUGACCUUCCAAUCAGUGCGCAAAGUUAUUCAAAAGUUUGAGGAUCUGUCUGCAUCAAACUCUAGGCUUAGAUGCCUAGUACCUAGUGGACACCAGGGAACCAAUCCCUCUAGACUUGCAGGACAGGAAACUGGGCCUGAAUAAGACAAUCCUACUCACAAAUCCUAAGAAUGGUUUGAUCUAUGGGUGCUAUUUGAAAGGCAAAUUUUCCAUCUUGAAGGACUUUCGGAUGCCUCCUUCCAUUCUCUGUGUGACCCCUGCUGCUCUGGGCUGGAAUGAGUCCUAUAUUGUGAAGUGUUAGGAAUGGGUGGGCUUUUGCCAGCGGGACUCCUUGAGUUGUCUCUGUGUGACGGUUGUCAGACAGUAGGGGUCCUCACACGAUCACCACAUCCUUGUAUACUUGGGCAUCACAACUGCUACCAAAAGUGCGUGCUUUUGCCAAGUUGCUCCCACAUUGCAAGCGGGAAUAAUGUAUAAUCCGCAGGGGGCGAGAUAGUGAGGUGUGAGUACAGUGACACCAGCGGUGUUGACUCAGAGCCACAAGGACAGGUGGUACCACAUGUUUGUCCCACGCUCUGCCUUCGAUAGAACAGUGGGCUGCCCUUUUUUGACCCUUUGAAAACCACAGGGCUCCCGAAAACUUCAAAAGGGACAGCGGAGCGCAAGAGAACUGAGAGGGGGAAAAGAGAAAACAGCAUGCAUGAAUUAAAGACAGCAGGUGAUGGUGAAAAGAAAUGAGCUGAGGGAGGAUUUGCCAACAGCUUUCAAGCCAAGAAUCCCUGAAUAGAUCAAAUGUCUUCUGAGGCUGAGGUUUCUAGCUAGCAGUGUGCUGCAUAAUCCAGCUACACUUCAAUCUCUACCUUCACCAUUGUCACUUUGGCAUCAUUUCAUCUUGAAGAUGGCCACAUUGCACAGAUGCAUCUGGUUGUGUUUUGGGAAAGAUUAGAGUAAGUGUUCAUGAUUUACUGUUUAAAUCAGGGUGUCCAAAGUGUGGGCCAGCUGUUGGGAACAACAACUUCUGCAAAAAGUACUGGAACAUUGAGCAGUUGAGGAUGAAGUUUAGAGAAGGAGAGUACUGUGUAUCAAUUCUUAUCCUAUUGCAGGGAUUACUAGCUGGCGGGCCAAGUCCGGACCCAGACACCUUCCAAUACAGACUUGGACCGAGACACCCCAUAAUUAAAAGUGCUGUCUGUCUAGGUUAGGUACUGCAAAGGGGGCGCUAUUUUACAAACACAGUUGGACUUGUAAGCAAACUGGGGGAAAAUACUAUAUUUUCGACAUAAACCGAAAAAUACACUAGCAGGGGUGAACGCUAACCAACGUUCCACUGUACAGUCAAACCUUGGUUUUGGAAUUCCCAGUUUUCCAAUGGAGGAGAAGGAAGAGCCACACAGACAUCACCUUCGUGUUUUUUCUUGAAUUCAAUAGCGUUCACAACUUCUUUAUCAAAAUGCUGACAACUUUCUUUGUCCCCAUAUCAAUAAAAAAUGCACAGAGAGUCAGCAACAUGUAGGGUGCUCUGUUUGGGCACUCAAUUUCAUGAAUGAUACAGUACAGGGCAAAAGGACAAUAGUUUGUGACAUGCAUUAUUGUUUGAUAACCAAGACAGUGUACGAAAACCGGUGAAACAUUUUGAUAAACGUUUCUGUUGAAAACCAAAAUACAGUCGUUCCUCGCUUAUCGCGGUUAAUUGGUUCCAGACCCCACAGCGAUAAGUGAAUUUCCGCGAGGUAGGAUUCAGUAUUAUUAAAAGUAAUAUUUUCAUAGGUAUAUUAUAGAAAACCUGUUUGACUUUCUAAAUACGAUUUUUACCAUUAUUAGAGCCCUGUAGACAUGAAAUAACACCCCUAUAGUCACCUUUACACUCGUGUUAUUCUUUGUUUACAACACAUUGCUCAACUCUAAUGCGCAGGAAUCACAGAAUCACUGCAGGGACACGAGACUGCUUUAAACAUAGCAUGCUACAGAGCAAAUUAGUUAGCCUCCAGUGUAUUUAUUCUAAACUUAAGAAAGGGUUUCAAAUGGAGUAGGGAGGCCAAAAGUAAGUAGUAAGUAAGUAAGUAAGUAAGAAGCCAAAACCUUACCACUUCCACACGGAAUGGGAGGAGAACUUCUUUUCACUUUAUCAUGUUGGACAUGCCAUGGCAGACACAUGAAGUGUGAAGGUAAUGUAAUGUAACGACAUGUCUCAUCAGUGUAGCAUUACUGAAGCCUAGUGGCCAGAAUACAACAUAUAACUUGUCUUUCAAUAUUUUUUGACUAAUAAUUGUCCAUUGUCAUUCAUUCAUUUUCAAAAAACACGAUAGAGUGAGGGAGCGAUGUUUGAACCACGAUGUAGUGAGGGACGACUUUUUUUUCACCUUUAUUUUACCAGGCAAGAUCAAUUGAGCACAACUUCUCAUUUACAAUGAUGACUUGGAAUGGAGCCCACUUGUUUGAACCUCUACCAGUCUCAUUUACUUUUGCCUUGGAUAUGACCCCUUCGGCGAUAACAACUAGUGGUGGCCAUUAGACACAAAUAAGCUGAUUGUUGCGUGAUUAAAUGGCUCCACUUGCUCUAUUCUAACACAUGGGUGAUCCAAACUUUUUCCACCUCCACUUUUAUAUGUUUAAUUAUAUUUGUAAAUCGGAUAGAAACAGAUUUAUAGAUCUUUUAAAGACAAAGCUUUGUGUUAAUAUUAGUUAUUAGUAUCAACAUUAAUUUUCAGUUGGUUCUUUUUUACACUGUGCUUUUUUUGCUCUCUUUUUUGUUGUUUUUUUUCUUUUAUUUGCACAAUGUGCCUCAAGUUUGGAUAAAUCAAUUCUAACACCAUUGGGUUAAGAUGUGAAGUUGGUAUAGAGGCAGAUUGCAAUCAACACUAAUAAUGGACUAUUUAUUUCUUUAAUGAGACAGGACACGAUGAAUGGAGGUUUCUUUCAGAUUCAAAAUGUCAGAGUUCAAGUAACAAGUUAACUAUUAUGUAAAUACAUUCAAUGAAAAGGUCUUAUGUAACAAAACAAAAGAAGAAGUUACUUUCAUGUGUCUUUUGUCAAAUCUGCUUGUCUUGUUGCCUUGGCUUAAUUUAAGGUUGCUGAUGUUGAUGAAUGAGUGCUGAUACACAGUCCUACAUCGGUUUUCGUUAUUGAUUGGUUUGAAAAGGUCAGACAGAAACCGAAACAAUUUUUCCCCUAUGAAGUGCAGUCAAACCUGGGUUUUCAAAUUCCCACCUUUUGGUAUGAUUCCGUUUUCUACUAAAUUUUUGCCAAAAUUUUGCUUCGGUUCACAUACACUGCCUUGGCUAUUAUACAAUAUUGUACGUACUGUUGUAUUUUACCCUUCGGCAUUUUGAAUCUUGUGAUAUUAAUAAAGAUGUGGACAGACGACUCCCAGCAUUGUUUGCUUAGUCACCCAAUAACACAUCUGGUGAUGCUUAAAGCAUAUUCAUUUGGCAAACUCGUAUGAGAAUGCUACACAAACUAGCUCAUUUGUCCACGUAGAAAACAUACUUCGGACUUGAGUACGGUCCCCGAAAAAAGAAUCGCACAUGUUAGUGACUCGUGUUAUUGUCGUGUUAUUAACUCACUACGUGAGUCCAACUGUGUUCGUAACGUGUCUUUGAUAGAAAACGUGUUUUCAACGCCUAUUUUCAACUGCAGAAGUUGUCCCCCAGCUUCAUCACUCGUCUAUGAUUACAUCAGCAGUUGACUCUGCUGACAAGUCAAUUUUUUUUUUAUUGAGCACGGCUGCAAAAUAACCGGCCAUGGGGCCAAAGAAAGUUUCAUUUAUAAUUAUUUUGCAUUCUUUUCUGCAUGUAGAACUACACUCCUGAUCGAAAUCUUAAGACCAGUUGAAAAAUUGCUAAAAUUUUCAUUUUGCACAUUUGGAUCUUAAUGAGGUUUUAAGUAGAGCUACAAUAUGCAAAAGCAAGAAGGGGGAGUGAGACAAAAAGCAUUUUGAAAAAGUAAUUCAUUGAAAACAACAAUUAAACUGAAAUCGGCUGUUUAUCAGCUGAUCAAAAGUUUAAGACCACAGGCUAUAAAAGCCAAAAUCUGCUAAAAAUUUCCAUUUUCUGUCAGGCAUUCACACUGUCAUGCCCUUGUGAUGGCUAAAGCUAAGAAGCUUUCACUUUUUGAACGUGGUCGUAUUGUCGAGUUGCAUAAGCAAGGCCUCUCACAGCGUGCCAUUGCUGCUGAGGUUGGGUGCAGUAAAUCCGUCAUUCUAAAUUUUUUGAAAGAUCCUGAGCAUUAUGGAACAAAAAAGUCAAGUGGUAGACCCACAAAAAUCACACCUGCACUGAGCCGGAGGAUCCGAUUGGCUGUCCAUCAAGACACAGGGCAGUCUUCCACCCACAUUAAAGCCCUUACUGGUGCCGACUGCAGCGCAAUAACCAUCAGACGGCAUCUGCGAAAAAAGGGUUUAAAAAACAAAAAAAACAAUUCAAAGAUCUCGUCUCCUUCAACGCCACAAAACUGCCCGUUUAGACUUUGCCAGAGAGCAUCAAACAUGGGACAUUGAAAGGUGGAAACGGGGUGCUUUUUCAUUCAGUGGAACACUGGAGCUUCAGGUGGUGCAGGGUCGUCAAAUGGCAGCUGCUUACGUGCAGAUGUUGCAGCAGGCAUCCCUCAUGGCUGAGGGCCCUCGUCUGUGUGGUAACAGCUGGGUUUUUCACAGGACAACGCUGCAGUUCAAAAUUCUCGCUUGACCAAGGACUUCUUCAGGGAGAAUAACAUCAGUCUUUUGGACCAUCCUGCAUGUUCCCCUCAUUUAAAUCCCAUAGAGAACAUUUGGGGAUGGAUGGCAAGGGAAGUUUAUAAAAAUGGCCAUCAGUUCCACACAGUUGAUGCCCUCCGUGAAGCCAUCUUCACCACUUGGAGCAAUGUUCCCACUAGCCUCCUGGAAACACCCACAUCAAGCAUGCCCAAACCAAUUUUUGAAGUGAUUAACAAGAAUGGUGGAGCUACUCAUUACUGAGAACAUUUUUUGUUCUGGUUUGGAGAGUUUUUUGUUAUUUUUUGAGCGAUGGUCUUAAACUUUUGAUCAGCUGAUAAACAACCUAUUUCAGUUUAAUUGUUGUUUUCAAUAAAUUACUUUGUCAAAAUGCUUUAUGCUGGUAUGCUGGAGCCUAUCCUAGCUGACUUUGGGCGACAGGCGGGGUACAAAUGUGCAAAAUGAAAAUUCUAGCAAUUUUUCAACUGGUCUUAAUAUUUUGAUCAGGAGUGUAUAAUUGUUGUAAAUUAAAAGUGUUUAUGUUCAUAUUUUUGAGUGUCUGGAGUGGAUUAAUUGGAUUUACAUUACUUCUUAUGGGUAAAAUUGGAAGUUUUGGUUUCCGUCUGACCUUUUGAAAUGGAUUAAUAACAAAAAGAGAAGUUUUUGGGACAUUAAGUUUGUCUGAAUUUUGAAAAGAUGUUCAGCCAUACAACUUUGGAAAAGUAAAUAAGUUGGUCAUGAGGGGACUGAUGCCAGUCAAACAUGACCAAUUUGAUAUUGUACAUUUGCAUUGAUAGUUAUAGUUUACAUGCAUGCUGUAGAUAGCUAUAUUGUUGAUAUACUGUAAAAGAUAGAUUUCACCACUUUUGAUAUUUUUCAUUUUGUUCCGUAAAGUAAGUGGUAAUAAAUUAUGCACGUUUAAAGGUAAAACUUUGUAUUAUAGAUACCAGGAUUGUAUCGGUAAUGGGAUCAAUACUGGGGUGGUGAGAUGGAUAUUUUUCAGUUCUCCUCUAUGUUUAUUUUCACAUAUAUAUGUUUUUUGUUGUUGUGUUGUUCAAAUGUAUUUUUAUAUUCACAUAUUGUUAUAUUGUUUAUAAACUCAGGGAAUAAGUUCUUGUUCACUGGAGGGUUUGGCGGACAAAAAGCCAAAAUAUUUUAAUGGCAGCCAAUAGUUUUUGCUUUAUUUUGCUCAAACAAUUGCAUUUAAUAAAAGGGAAUAAUAGGAUUAUUUUGUUGAUCUUCUGACAUUGUGUUAUAUUGCUGUAUUUAUGUGUUGUUAAAUUGUUCACAAAUACGUUUGUUCAUACAUUUUUUCCCCUAAAAUCUUUGUCCUGUGGUUUAUUCUGAUUAUGAUCAUGAUCAACAAAUUAAAGCCAAGAUCUCAAAAUGAUUCAAUAAGCUUGAAAAAUGUCCAAGUAAAAAGUAUUGUAUCGAUAUCAGCAAUAGCUACUGGCCCUGUACAGUAUUGGUAUUGCACUGAUUGUUUUCCUUUUUUAGACUGAUACUUUUUAUUUCCAUGCAUGCACAUAUCACGCAAACGUGUUUAAACCUCCGGUAACAUGACGACUGCACCUGGCUGCCGCAGCACUCUCGCCAUCAAGUUUCGCCUGUGUCUGCAAACUCAUGCCAUUUGUAUGAAUAAACAUCACCUCUGCAAGACUUCCAUCAUUUGCAUACAGAGAGAGGAAAAGCCCAUCCGCUCUCUGCAAGCAGCAGCGCAACAUUAGCUUGACAAGUGCACCUCUUAUUACCAUCAUUAUUGACAUCUGCAUAACAUUGCAUGCAGCUCGUUUGUUUGACAUUUACUACUUAGUGCGCCUACAUCCUGCUUUCACUGACAAGAAUGAUGAUUUCAUCAUUGUUCCAUGAACACCGCACCUCCUGUUGGGGACUGAAAGGGCUGCAAGUUUAUCUUAAUGGCUUCCAUUUGAACGUGCACUGUAUGGAGUGUGUCGCUUUCAUGUCACAAACGCAUAAUUACACCCAAAACUCUGUCAGAAAACCACCGAAUUCCCGUCAGAUGAUUGAACCAAAUAUUAGAAGAAUCAAUACCAGUGUUGAAUCAGUAUCAGGUCGAUACUAGUACUGUUGAUACUGUUGUGUUGUUCAAAUGUAUUGUAUAUAUUGUUGUAAUAGCCGAUAGUAGAUUUUGCUUUGUUUACUUGUUUUGCACAGCUGACUUUAUUUUGCUGUCAAUGUAAUAAAAGGGAAUAAUUGUAAUAUUUUGGUAAUAUUGUUAAUUAGACCUAUAUUUUUG